AUGUUGGAGAAUUUUGGCGUUGGUACUACUUGGACCAAAUGGAUAAAGGGUUGCAUUUCCUUUGCAAGAUUUUCAGUUCUUAUUAAUGGAUCACCAUCACCAGAAUUCUAUCCACAAAAAGGGUUAAGGCAAGAUGAUGUUGGAUUCAAUGUAUCCCACUUACAAUUUGCGGACGACACGGUGAUUUUAUGUGAGGCAAAAUGGUUUGAAAUAUUGGCUAUUAAAAGAAUCCUUAGGUGCUUUGAAAUAAUCUCAGGUCUAAGGAUUAAUUUUUUCAAAAGUGUUGUGUGCGGGGUGGGUGUGGCAGAUGUAUUGGUUGACGAGUUUGCUGCAAAAUUGAAUUGUUUAAGCAAGAAGUUGCCUCUGAAGUAUCUAGGACUACCAUUAGGGGCCAGUCAUAGUAGGAGAUUGACUUGGAGGUCGGUUGUGGAGAAUUUCAAGAAGAAGUUAUCUGGGUAG